CUCUUAACCUCAAGCAUAUAUUGUUCCACUUUUGAAUUUAUCUCUGAACAUAAAUAGAUAGUUAACAUUCGUGCUGACAUUGGCAGUGUGCACAAUGACAGAGAUGGGCCCGUUUGGACUAAUUUUAGUACUGAAUGGUCUAAUAGGGGUUUCCUUUGCAGAAGAGUGUGUCCGAUCUGGCGACUGCCACAUCACCACAUGUACACACGGAGAGGAGCUUAGGUGUAACAACCGUACAUGCGUUUGCAUACCACAUCCGUGUGCCAGUCAUCCUUGUCAAAAUCACGGUGUUUGCGUGGAGCAUCAUGGCACAUAUCAAUGUAAAUGUCCAGUCGGCGUCAGUGGUACCAACUGCGAAGUCCAGAGCUUAAGCACGCCACAUACAACCCACCACCCGACGACCACACGGGCGCCGGCAUCACACGCAACAACUGCAGUACCACAUCCGUGUGCCAGUCAUCCUUGUCAAAAUCACGGUGUUUGCGUGGAGCAUCAUGGCACAUAUGAAUGUAAAUGUCCAGUCGGCGUCAGUGGUACCAACUGCGAAGUCCAGAGCUUAAGCACGCCACAUACAACCCACCACCCGACGACCACACGGGCGCCGGCAUCACACGCAACAACUGCAGUACCACAUCCGUGUGCCAGUCAUCCUUGUCAAAAUCACGGUGUUUGCGUGGAGCAUCAUGGCACAUAUGAAUGUAAAUGUCCAGUCGGCGUCAGUGGUACCAACUGCGAAGUCCAGAGCUUAAGCACGCCACAUACAACCCACCACCCGACGACCACACGGGCGCCGGCAUCACACGCAACAACUGCAGUACCACAUCCGUGUGCCAGUCAUCCUUGUCAAAAUCACGGUGUUUGCGUGGAGCAUCAUGGCACAUAUCAAUGUAAAUGUCCAGUCGGCGUCAACGGUACCAACUGCGAAGUCCAGAGCUUAAGCACGCCACAUACAACCCACCACCCGACGACCACACGGGCGCCGGCAUCACACGCAACAACUGCAGUACCACAUCCGUGUGCCAGUCAUCCUUGUCAAAAUCACGGUGUUUGCGUGGAGCAUCAUGGCACAUACCAUUGUAAUUGUACACACGGCUUCAGUGGUACCGACUGCGAAGAUAACAAGUUCUGUUUGGCUUGUGAUGAUGCCGUGUCCCCGCACACAUGUGACAAGAUCACAAUUUGCGGAAGUCAUGAGAUUUGCUAUGUGGACUCCUACGUGACGUCUGUGGGUUCCUUACGUUUCAAUCUUGGUUGACGUGAUGUACAGCAAUGCGGCGUCACGGACUCUGGCAUUGGAAAACGAUCCAAAGAUGAACUUGACCUUCCACUGAACGUCAUGGCAAGCGACGGACGCAACGUUACAUGCACACAGUGUUGCAACGGAACACUUUGCAACGCCGGGGGAUGUGGCUCCGACGCAUUUGCCCCAAUCAGCCCCGUUGUACGCGGUCCAGUGUGCUUCAAUUGUGAACAACAGGCCAACAUUGACGAUUGUUAUAAGAUCCGUAUUUGCGGGCGUGAUGAGAUGUGUGAAAUAGAAGAUAUGUCAUCAGCAGAUGGGCACCAGGCGUAUUGGAGAACACGGUGUGUUCCCGAACGGACUUGCAGGUCAACGCAAGCCAUACACGCGCAGUUAAUGGCUUAUGGCAAACCAUGUACGAGGGCAUGCUGCAAAGAAGACCUCUGUAACCAAUCGUGCCCCGGGUCAUCUUAAGCGACGACAAAAACUCCUCUUAAAUGUGAAGUUGACGCAGGAUAUACAAUUAAAGAUAUGAAAACGA